UGCACAUGGUUAUCUUGUACUUGCAAGUAAAUGUAACAUUAAAAAAAAAAUAAUGAAAAAAUAAGUCAUUUAGGCUAUUUGAUAAUAACAUGCUAAAUGAACAUGUUUUGCUUUUUAAUUCUCCUUCACUCAGUCUUUGUAUAAUAUACAUUUAUUGACUGAGUUCGAGGGCAACAUGCGUUUUGUCAGACCCAAGAACCAAACAGUCUGCCUGAGGCCGUUAGGCCGAAGGCAGACAGUUUGGUUCGAGGGUCCGACAAAACGCAUUUUGCCCGAGAACUCUGUCAAUAAAUGUUUUGUUAUACCUUUCAUUUUAUUAUAUAUUUUUUGACAUACAUGUAUUUUGUACUAUAUUAAUGUAACAUUAGAUCUGUCACUUUUUAAAACCAAAGAAUGAAAAUGAGAUUAAGCUCCGCCCAUUCUGUGACGUAAGUGGUCCAACAUUUCUCCGAGCGGUCCAACAUCUCACUCAGCGGUCCAACAUCGAUUUUUUAUGCCCGCUCAGCAAAACAUUAAAAAUGUUAGACUUUUUCUGUAUAGAUUUGUAUAGGCACAAUUUUUUAAAGGUAUAACAAUGUAUAUUUUUAGAUGAGCUGAUCGCCAACCAGGAGAUCAGAAUGAUCGCAUCUGCUCCUGCCACUUUAAGGAUGGUAAGAAGGAGGGGGACCCUGCAUAUUUUGCAUGGAAUGAAGGAAAGGCCAUGGAUUUCUCUGAUCCUGAAUGUACAAAAAGGAGGAAAAAACUCAAAAGUGAGGAGUCCCUGUCAUCUUCACAGAUGGACCAGUUGCAGAUUCCACAAGCACCAAAAUGUCAAUAUCAAGAAAAAUUGAUAUCAGAGCACAACUACUCAGCAUCCUGCACAUUUAACUGUACUCAAGAAAUGCAGCGCCUCUCAACAGAAAUACAACUGGAAAAGGAAUUGCUUGCCCUAAAAAUAGAGUCUAGUAAAAGGAAGCCAAUAUCAAUCCACGAUAUUAAAUACAACGAAGAGAAGGUCUCUGAUCAGCAGGGGCAUUUUCUCUAUAUAUUAAGAAGAAAAUGGAGACUCCCUACCCACCCGAUGUAUUUUGUCGGACAGUUUUCUGUACAUUGCAGUCACCAAUAUAUCCAAAUAUCAUCACCGGCCCAGACGUCAUUCACUCCUUUGAAUUGUGCUGGUAGCAGUAAGGUGUCAUCAUUUGAGAUGGUCACAGUAUCCAAUACACUGAAGUCACAGGACUCUAAUUUCAUACAUGUUCACAGGGUCUCUGCCAAAAUCUUUUGAGGAUUUUUCCUCUGCUAGAGCAUCCAUGGAUGCAAAUGAAACAACCCAGGACAUCCCAACACAUAUGGAUAAUCAGGCCAUGGCCUACAGUAUGUACAAAAGUUGCCAUACUUUUAAAGCAGUAACUUGCGUGCCUCCAAAUGGUGCACUUACAUUUUGCUCCAUGCUGUACCCAGGUUCUACUUCUGAUGUAGCUAUUGUACGUCACAGCCAAGUUUUACGAAAGUUCAAAGCUGGAGACCUUAUUUUGGUGGUCAAAGGUUUCACCAUUCAUGACCAGUUGCCCCAGGGUGUCUGCUUAAUUAUAAAAGCUCUUUUAUCGACACGAGGCCAGUUUACCAUACAAGAAGCAGCACUGUGUUACAAGAUUGCUAAAGCACUUAUUCAUGUGGAAAGAGCCAACGAGAGGAUAAAGAAUUACGAGAUUCUCCGUCACAUACCAUCUACUUACAGACCAAUCUCAACAAAAAUAUUUCAACUCUGUUCUUGUCUUGUAAACUUGCAAGCUCCACUUUUGAAAGAAAUUACUUAAAGAUACAUGUACUUAUUAUAAAUUUGCAUUGGCGUGUGACAGUAUACACUAAACAGUGAAGAUAUUCAUACCAAAGUGCAAGGGAUAAGCAAAUUUUGAUUUGUUAUCAAUGUCAAUGGUUAUAUUUGUUAACUUUGUAGUAUGUUGUAAUACAUGUACUUCAGAAAAUGAAAAUCCCUUUUGUUUAGCAUGGAUUUAUUACAAGAAUGGUUGGCAAUUCGAUUCUUCAUUUGACAAUAUAAUUUGGAAGAGGGUUUACUUAUAAUUUUAAAUUUCUAGUUUAAAGUAUAUUUACCUUUAAAGCACAACUCAACAAAUUCAUGUUUUCAACAAUUUAUCUAUUAAGAAAGACAAAAAUGUUACAUUUUCACUUUGAGAAUAACAUCUUCAAUUCAUUAAUAAAAUGAUUCUAAAUUUU